UCUUUGGCCGGAGCUACGGCAUGCGUUCACCUCCAAUCUUCUUCCUCCUUUCGGGCGGCGAACAAGAUUCUCUUUUGGCAUUCUCACUUCCCAUCACUCUUCCACCUGGCCACGUUGUGUAGAGAGAUGCUAAUGGCUUCUCGAUUAUUCGCGACAGCCGCCGAGAAAAUCAGGCCCGCGUCGAUGAGGCUGCAAACCCUGUCUUUGACCGAAGCAGCCGCCUCCAGAAUACGUCACCUUCUUCAACAACGCAAUAGACCCUUCCUUCGAUUGGGUGUUAAGGCUCGCGGUUGCAACGGCUUAUCCUACACCCUCAACUACGCCGAUGAGAAAGGAAAGUUCGAUGAAUUGGUUGAAGACAAGGGCGUGCAAAUAUUGAUUGAACCUAAAGCUUUGAUGCAUGUAAUCGGAACCAAGAUGGAUUUUGUGGAUGACAAACUUAGGUCUGAGUUCGUUUUUAUCAACCCAAACUCGAAAGGCCAAUGUGGAUGCGGUGAAUCUUUCAUGACAACAUCUGCUGCUAGUAGUGGAUCUGCUAAACAGGGUCACAGUUAAAGGAUACUGAGAGCCCUUUUAAUAAGCUAAGAUUAGAAAUAACCUACUUGAUUCCAGGGAGCUCUCAAAUUUUCCCUUCGAAAUAAACUAGAAGUUAAAUGCUAUUGGUUUUGUGGCAGUUGCUGCCAACUAAUUGCAUGAGUAUAGAUGGCAUAUAUAUUCAGUAUUGCCGUAUCAUACACGGUUGUUCGGCAUCUGAAAAUCGUUGUGUAUAUUUCAUUUCAUUGGUGUUGUAAUUGCUGAUGAUUGCUAUAUGGAAGUUGUCUGCGAUUGAGCUAGCAUGGUAGCCAAUGUUUAGAAAAGCAAACUGCCAGAUAGCUACUUCCAUUUAAGCCAUCUUCAAGGCUAUUUUGAAUGAAUGAAUCAUUGAAUGAUGUGUUAUUGGACCUUUGUGCUUUGUGGUUUGUGAAACGCAUCAGUCGAUUAAAGCAAUUUCACACAGAGAGAGGAAGACAGUAUGUGUCUGAUAUGAUGUUUAUUCAGAUGAGGGUUU